CUCAGUUUUAAUUCCCUCUUUCGGUUUAUUUUAAGAUUAAAAUGGAAAACGAUGGUGGUUUAUUUUCUGGUAAUGUUGAAGGAAUAAAGAGUUGGUAUUCUCGUGUUCUCUAUCCUUCCAUGAUGUCAUGUGAAGCAAAUAUUAUAAGGGAAGUUUACGGACGUAAUUGUUUUUGCAACGAACAUGCUGCGUAUUCAACUAAAGAUAUUAAUCACAAACGUAAGAGAACGAAAAGGAAAAACAAAGAUAAGAAGCAGCAUGUCAAGCAUAAACAAUUCAAAAGUGCAAGUUUGACAGAAGCCCCUAAAUCUGAUGAUAUGCAAACUGAAGAUAAAAGUGAAACUUCUAUCGUAGGGGAUGACUUACAACAGUUUUUAAAUGUGACUGCUAUGCAUAAAGAGAAACAAAAAUUAAAAAAGGAAAAAGAAAAAGGGAGUCCUGUAGAAUACGUGCUUGAUGUUGAAGACCCAUUGCAUGUAAAACCAACAUCAUUUGCACCAGGAGUUCACGCUGGUACCAUCAGAAAUAAUGAGAUGGUUAAACUUUAUGGAGUGCAUGCUCCUGACAUUCUAUCAAUUGAGGCGAAGAUGCAAGCCCAGUUUAAUUUAAUGCGCAGUGCAACCCAACCAAACUUUUGGCCAGUUAUUCCAUUAAAUUUAAAUAAAUAAAUUGGAUUAGUAAAAUAUUAUUUGAAAUAACAAUAUUGUUACAAUGUAUUUCUUUAUAAUAGUUUUUUUUUUUUUACUACAGUAAUUGGUGAUUGCUGUUUUAUGGAUUUUAAAAAAUCACUUUUUAACUUUGACAG